AUGGUUUCCAUAUUUCUUUCUCUCCUUUUGAUUACUGGAUUCUCUGCUGCAAUUGCUCAACAAAGAAAUUCCAGCAUUAGCCUCGGCUCUUCCCUCUCUCCAAAUACCAAACCAUAUUGGUUAUCAGGUUCUGGCCAGUUUGCUUUUGGCUUCUACCAGAUAGAUGGUGGCUUUGCCAUAGGCAUCUGGUUGGAAAAGAUUCGGCAAAAAACAGUCGUAUGGACAGCUAACCGGGACAACCCGCCGCUUUCAAGAAAUGUCACUUUGCGUCUCACAAAUGAUGGCAAAUUUGUCUUGGAGCAAGAACAAGGCCAACAAACUGAUCUAGCUAAUGCUCUGCUCUCCGCUUCCUCAGCUUCCAUGCUCGAUACGGGAAACUUUGUCCUCUACAAUUCAAACUCAACCAUCAUAUGGCAGACUUUUGACGCUCCAACAGACACUAUUUUACCCGGUCAACCUCUGUUGGCAGGGAAUGAGCUUGCCUCCAGCAUCUCUGAGACAAAUCAUACAACUGGAAACUUUCGACUGGCAAUGCAGAGGGAUGGGAACCUGGUGCAAUACCUGUCAUACAUUCCACGUAAGUCUCAGUAUGCCUACUGGGCUACAGGUACAUCCACAGUUGGAGACAAUGUGUCUCUAAAUCUUGAUCGCAAUGGUCAGCUUUUCCUACGUAAUUAUACCGGCUUCAAGAUAAUGAAUUUAAACAGCCAAAGAAACCCCUCUUACAAUUAUCGUUUGACAUUGGAUUUUGACGGAAUAUUGCGGUUAUAUUCUUAUGGCUUGAGUCAAGAUGAUGAAUGGUUAAUUGAGUGGUCACCAUCAAGCAGUAAUUGCUAUGCUAUUGGUAUCUGCGGCAUAAAUGCUUAUUGUACUGUACAGGAACAGAAAGCUGUAUGUACAUGCCCUCCUGGUUUUGAUUUCUUAGACCGAGGACGACAUAAUUUGGGCUGCAUGAGAAAUUCUAGCCCAAUUGGUUGCCCGAGCAAGAAUGGAGAAACAGUUGAUAUUCUUCAGGAAUUUGAACAUGUUGAAUGGGAAGACAACCCCUAUUCUAUCUUGUCAUUGACCAAAACUAAGUGUAGAGAGAACUGCUUGAAAGACUGCGAAUGUGAAGCCGCACUAUUCAAACAUCAGGAGUGCAGAAAACAGAAGUUUCCGCUACGAUUCGGGAGAGAACGACAAGGUAAUUCUGGUACAACCAUAAUCAAGGUGAGAUUUGGGAGUUCUAACACAACACAGGUACUAAGCAAGGUAAGAAAGAAACAACAGGGAUUGGGCGUCUUAUUUGGCAGUUUUGCACUUUUAGGUUUUGCACGUAUUGUUCUAGCGGUUUUAGUUUUCGCAUUAAUUGUGCUAGCUUUUUCUGCUUUUCUGAUCUUGAGAUACCGUCUAUGGUCGUACAAAAAGGUUCCUUCUGAAGUUAAUGAAGGAUUGGUUGAGGAUGUCUCUCUACGAGCAUUUACUUACAGUCAACUCGAAGUUGCAACGAAUGGCUUUGCCGAACAACUGGGUAGGGGCUCUUUUGGGACAGUUUUCAAGGGAGCCUUGUCAAAUGGGCAAAGGAAAAUUGCUGUCAAAAGACUUGAAAAAGUUGUGACUGAAGGAGACGUAGAAUUCAGGAACGAGAUGAGGUCCAUUGGAAGAACCCACCAUAGAAACCUAGUCCGACUACUAGGUUACUGCCAUGAUGAUUCGAAUAGGCUUUUGGUUUACGAGUAUAUGAGCAAUGGAACACUUUCUGACUACCUUUUCAAAUCCCAAAUAAAGCCAAACUGGGAAGAAAGAAUUAAAAUCUCUUUGAAUAUUGCAAGAGGGAUCCUCUACUUACACGAGGAAUGCGAAACUCACAUCAUCCACUGUGACCUCAAUCCCAACAACAUAUUAAUAGACGAGCAUGGGUGUGCAAAAAUUGCAGAUUUUGGAUUGGCAAAGCUAUUGAUGCCAGACCAUUCCAGGACUCUAACCGGGAUAAGAGGAACAAGAGGGUAUGUUGCCCCUGAGUGGCACAAGAACUUGCCCAUCACAGUAAAAGCAGAUGUGUAUAGUUUUGGAGUUGUGUUCUUAGUCAUUAUAUGUUGUCGCAAGAGCAUUGAUGUCAAUGCUCCCGAAGAAGAGGCUAUUCUUGUUAACUGGGUCUGCGACUGUUUCAAGGCUAAUGAAGUACGCAAGCUGGUACCUGAAGAAGUUGAUCAGCAAAGCUUGGAGAGGAUGAUUAGAAUUGGGUUGUGGUGCAUAGAAGAAGACCCAGCAGCUCGCCCUCCAAUUAAGAAGAACAAUGACUUCGACUUCCCACACUUCCCUCCACCACCACCUCCAUCAGUAAAGCCGCCUACUCCCUCAAAGUCAUCACCACCCCCACCAUCUCAACCUUUUGCUCCACCACCUCAUCAUGUGCACCCACCACCACGGCCUUCGCCAUCACCAUCACCAGACAACCAUCCGACAGUAAUAGUCAUUGUGUUCAUCUCAUUUGGAGGUCUUUUGUUACUUGCAUUCCUCGCAGCUGCUCUCUGUUGCUACAUUAAGAAGAGAAAGAAGAAGACAAUUCAAGAAACCGAUCUUAUUCACUUUGAUGAAAAAAGGAAGGUCAAGGAGGCCAUCAUUUUAGGGUCGGGUGGCUCAAAGGCUGUCAUAUUGACAAUUGAGGAUGAUGUCCAUAUCGAUGAAAUCAUUAGAAAGAAUGAGAAGGUUGGUGAAGGUCUGCAUGACAUGUCUGCAGAGGGCAUAUCUGGUCCCCAUGAGGAAGGAGGAGCAUCUUCUUCUAGAAAUUGUCAUUCAUCCCAAAAAAGCAAUUUAAUAAUGCUUGUGAUAUUUCUUUCUCUUCUUUUGAUUACCGGAUUCUCUACUGCAAUUGCUCAACAAAGAAAUUCCAGCAAUAUUAGCCUCGGCUCUUCCCUCUCUCCAAAUGCCAAUCCAUAUUGGUUAUCAGGUUCUGGCCAGUUCGCUUUUGGCUUCUACGAGAAAGAUGACGGCUUUGCCAUAGGCAUCUGGUUGGAAAAGAUUCGGCAAAAAACAGUCGUAUGGACAGCUAACCGGGACAAUCCGCCACUAUCAAUAAAUGUCACAUUGCUUCUGACAAAUGAUGGCAGGCUUGUCUUGGAACAAGAACAAGGCCAACAGACUGCUCUAACUAAUAAUGCUCUGUUCUCCGCUUCCUCUGCCUCCAUGCUCAAUACUGGAAACUUUGUCCUCUACAAUUCAAGUUCAAACAUCAUAUGGCAGACUUUUGAUGCUCCAACAGACACUAUUUUACCUGGUCAACCUCUCUUGGCGGGGAACAAGCUAGUCUCAAGCAGCUCUGAGACAAGUCAUGCAAGGGGAAAGUUUCAACUUAUAAUGCAGCAUGAUGGGAACCUGGUGCAAUACCCGUCAGACAUUCCACCUAAAGCUAACGACUAUGCUUACUGGGACUCAAAAACAUUCGACGCUAGAGAUAAUAUCUCUCUAAAUCUUGAUCGUAACGGUCAGCUUUUCCUACGUAAUCUUACUGGCAUCCAUAUCAAGAAUUUAAACGGCCAAGGAAACACCUCUGAUAAUUUUUCUUUAUAUCGUUUGACAUUGGGUUUUGAUGGAAUAUUACGGUUAUAUUCCCAUCGCUUGGAUCAAGAUAAUGAUAAUUGGUCAAUUGAAUGGUCCCCUUCAAGCAGUAAUUGCGAUCCUAUUGGUCUCUGUGGCCUAAAUGCUUAUUGUACUGUAAAGGAACAGAAAGCUGUAUGUACAUGUCCUCCAGGUUUUGAUUUCUUGGACGGACGACAACCUGAUUUGGGCUGCAAGAGAAAUUCCAGCACAGAUGGUUGCACGAGCAAGAAUGGAGAAACAGUUGAUAUUCUUCAGGAAUUGGGACGUGUUGAAUGGGAAGACAACCCCUAUUCUAUCUUGUCAUUGACCAAAACUGAGUGUAGAGAAAACUGCUCGAAAGACUGCGAAUGUGAAGCCGCACUAUUCAAAGAACAGGAGUGCAGAAAACAGAAGUUUCCGCUAAGAUUCGGGAGAGAACGACAAGAUAAUUCUGGUACAACCAUAAUCAAGGUGAGAUUUGGGAGUUCAAACACAACACAGGUAAGUAAGCGAAGAAAGAAACAACAGGGAAUGGGCGUCUUAAUCGGCAGCUCUGUGAUUUUAGCUUUUGCAGUUGGCAUUCUAGCAAUUACUGGUAUUCUCAUUUACAGAUGUCGUGUUCGGGAAUAUAAAAAGAUCAAAAACCAAGGGAAUGAUGGGUUAAUUGAAGAAGUCAGUCUACGGUCAUAUACAUAUGGGGAGCUUGAAAAGGCAACUAAUGGCUUCACAGAUGAAGUGGGUAAAGGAGCUUUUGGAACAGUUUUUAAAGGUGUCAUUGACAAUGGCAAGACACUCGUGGCUGUGAAGAGACUAGAGACAGUGGUGGCUGAAAGUGAAAGAGAAUUUCGUAAUGAGAUGAAAGCAAUUGGGAGAACUCAUCAUAAAAAUCUGGUCAAGUUGUUUGGCUACUGUCAUGAUGGAACAAAUCGACUCUUAGUCUACGAGUACAUGAACAAUGGUUCUUUAGCAGAUUUCCUCUUCAAAUCUAGAAGAAAGCCAAGUUGGGAGGAAAAAACUGGAAUAGCUUUGAAUGUAGCUCGAGGCAUUCUCUAUCUGCAUGAUGAGUGUGAGAGCCAGAUCAUCCACUGCGACAUCAAACCUGAAAACAUACUCAUGGAUGAGCAAAAGUGUACAAAAAUUGCAGAUUUUGGUUUGGCCAAGCUGCUGAUGCCUAACCAAACCAGGACAUACACUGGGAUCCGUGGAACAAGGGGAUAUGUUGCACCUGAAUGGCACAGAAACUUGCCCAUAACUUUAAAAGCAGAUGUCUAUAGCUUUGGGAUUUUGUUGUUGGAGAUCAUAUGUGGUAGAAGGAAUGUGGAUGUUGAUCUUCCAGAGGAGGAAGUGGUUCUUGCUAAUUGGGUCUUUGAUUGUUUUGAAGCUGGUGAAUUGGAUAGGCUGGUGAAGGAUGAACAAGUGGAAAUGAACAAGCUAGAGAGAAUGGUUAGGGUGGGACUUUGGUGCAUCCAGGAAGAACCAUCAUUUCGCCCUACAAUGAAGAGGGUGGUAUUGAUGUUGGAAGGGACAGUGGAGAUACCAGCCCCUCCUAGUCCUACCCCAUUUUCAAGUGCCAUGUAACUAUGCAAGUCAAUUUGAGCCUUGCACCCAAGUAGCUAAGACCCAAAAACAGCCAAAUCAGAAAUUUGUUCAGCUUAUCAAUAAUCUAGUGAAUAAAUUUUGAUGGCU